AUAAUUAUAACAUACCGACUCCCGAUCUAUCAUGAGAAAACUAAUCAAAUUCAUCUAAAUUCAUAACUAAUUAACUAACAUCUAUCAUAUCAUAAUUAAUCUAAAUAUAUCAUAACAUAUUUUCCAAUAACCGCAAUUCACUAAAUACAGACAUAUAAAUUACUAACACAUCAACAUGUAAACAUUACAUAAUUAUAACAUACCGAAUCCCGACGAGUUUCUUGAGCAGUAAACCAACUCCAAACCAGCUGAGAAAACGACUAAUAAAACACUAAUUUUUGUACUAUUUUUCUGUAAAGUAGCAAUAGGGGAAGUGGAGGUCAGUAUUUAUAGAAAUUUUUUUUUGCAAUCACCGCCUUGGACAAAAACAGUGAUGUGUUCAUCGCCAUUGUCCUCAGCGGUGAUUGCUUGGUAGCUGUGACCUAAUUUCCACCUACCAGGCCAGUAAAACGUGUCAAUUAUCACCGCUUUACACAUCAGUGAUGAUAUCAUCGCUUUACACAUCAGCGGUGAUAAGGUCUCCUUUCACCGUUUUAAACCAAAACGGUGAUUGCAUCACCGUUUUGGUAGAAAGCGAUGAUGCUUUCAUCGCUUUUAACCAAGACAGUGAUGCAAUCACCGUUUUGGUCCAAAACGGUGAAAGGAUCAUCACUUUUGUCCAAGACAGUGAUAGCAUCACUGUUUUGGUCCAAAACGAUGAUCCUUUCACCGUUUUGGACCAAAACGGUGAUUGCUUUCACUGUCUUGGUUUGCAGCGGUGAUAACCAAACUGCUGUAUUUUGGGAAAUAAUUUUAUAAGUACUGUAUUUUGGAAAUUUUUUUUAAUAAUUAGUGUAUUAUGGGAUUUUUUCCUACUUCCGCAGGGAAGAAGAGUAUCUGAGAAGGAACAAGUCAUUCUAACAUUAAAUCUAAAAAGUUCAGGGGCUAAUGUUUACUAUCUAGAGGAAUACGGUGACCAAUUUGUCAUAUUAUUCAUUAACCCCUACUCUAGUCUAAACCUUGCUCUCCUCUUCACUGGCACUGAUCCCACCAUUCCUAACCCUUCGCCGGCCGGCCGGCCGGCCAUCCUUUUCAUUCACUAAACAACAAAGGAAAGCGAGCAGCAGCGACCUUUGGACGCCACUUCCCUUCUCCAUUCGCCUACUGCUGUCUGUUUUCCCGGCGGCUUACAACUAUGUUGUCCUGAAAUCAAUGCUCUCUGACGAAAGACACUACUGCUAUAGCAUGAUCAAAAGCCGACGAGACAAACCGUUGAAAUGGUAAUAAAGUCUCCCCUCUCGUUCCAAAUAGAGUCAAGGUACGUUUCACAUAGAUUUCCCCUUCCCUUUCUGCAAAAAGAUCACCGAGCCGCCGCGAGUUGCCUGCUUCUUCUCGCCCGCUUUUCGCUCGCCGCCGGCUCGUCGAAUCAGGACGGUGUCGAGGCCGUUUACCGCGUCAUUAACAGUGUAGCAUCGUCUGAUGACCUUAGGCAAUCAUUGAAAGCGACGGGGGUUUUCCUUUCCAACGAUGUAAUCGAUAAGGUUCUGAAGAAGUUCCGGUUUAGCCAUGGAAACACUCUCCGUGCUCUCGAGUUCUUCAAAUUAACAGGUGACAGAAGAGGGUUUUAUCACUCACAGUUUUCUUUGGAUACCAUGCUUUACAUUCUCGGGAGGAGCCGCAAAUUCGAUCACAUUUGGGAUGUUCUGGUUGAGAUUAAGAAGAAAGAUAGGAACUUGAUAUCUCCACGGACUGUGCAAGUGGUUUUGGGUAGAAUCGCCAAGCUAUGUUCGGUCAGGAUGACAGUGGAGUCGUUUAGGAAGUUCAAGAAGUUGGUUCCUGAGUUCGAUACCACUUGUUUCAAUGCUCUGUUGAGAACCCUUUGUCAAGAGAAGAGCAUGACUGAUGCUAGAAAUGUCUACCACAGGUUGAAGACCGAGUUCAACCCGAAUUUGCAGACCUUCAACAUACUCUUGUCCGGUUGGAAGUCUGCUGAGGAAGCGGAGUCGUUCUUCCGCGAAAUGGAGGAAAUGGGUGUGAAACCUGAUGUGGUUUCCUACAAUUGUCUGAUUGAUGUGUACUGUAAGGGAAGGGAGAUGAAGAAGGCAUAUGAUAUGAUUGGAAAGAUGAGGGAUGAAGAUAUAUCGCCGGAUGUUAUAACGUAUACUAGCAUCAUUGGAGGGUUAGGGUUGAUCGGUCAGCCGGACAAAGCCAGAGAUGUGCUGAAAGAGAUGAGGGAAUACGGUUGUUAACCAGAUGUUGCAGCUUAUAACGCUGUUGUCCGAAACUACUGCAUUGCCAAGAGACUUGGUGAUGCGUAUGACUUGUUGGAUGAGAUGGAGGGGAAGGAACUGAAUCCUAAUUCCACCACUUACAAUUUGUUCUUCCGUGUGUUUUAUUGGUCGAACGACCUGCGCAGUUCGUGGAACUUGUAUCUGAGAAUGAUGGAUGCUUGUUGCCUGCCUAACACACAGUCAUGUAUGUUCCUGAUCCGGUUGUUUAGGAGGCACGAGAGGGUUGACUUGGCACUAAAGCUGUGGGGGUGAC